GAGAGCAGAAGAAGAGGCGAGGAGCACCAUGGCUGCUGUUGACAGUGGGCUGAAGCCCCUCCAAAACGCCAUGAAAAUGGCCAAAGUAGCAAUACAGCUAGACGGAGGGAACAAACACAAGGAUGCUUACUGUCAAUACCUGCGUACCAUCAGCUACAUAUCUCAGGCACUUUUGGAAGAAGCUGGGCCCGCAAACGAGAAGGAGAUGGUGGCAGUUGAAACGGAGCGAAUGUUGAGGCUAGCCGAGCAGUGUCUGGAGCGGGUCAAAUCAUUUAUAGGAAAGCACUUUGACCCUCCCGACCUUCCCGCCUCUGAUUCUUCUUCUGCUUCACCUGGCCUAUCAGAGCCCAAUCAGACUCCUGUCCUCCCUACUGUCACUACUGCAAACACUGUCACUACAGCUGAUACUCCUAUUGAUGCACAGACUAAAGCAGCCAGUCCAACAAAGACCGGUCACCGCAGGGUGUUGUCAGAUGGUGCCGGGGAGCUCUCCCCUUUUCUGCCUCCCGAAGUCUUUCAGAGAUUACAAACAGUGACUUCACAGGACACAAGCAAAAAGGAGCUGACACCUAUUGAAGAAGCAUCACGUUUGAACCAGAAAUUGAAAGCCAAUUAUGAAGCCCGUCUGGCAAGACUCGCUCCUGGUCAGGCCUACCAGAAGACGUCUUUAACUCUCUCUCUCCAGCGGCAGAUGAUGGAGAACCUCAUCAUAGCCAAAGCUAGGCAGGAUGCUCUUCAACGAAAGAUGGAGGAGAGAAGACUAAGACUACAGGAGGAAGCCAACAGGAGGUUUGCAGCAUCUGGUGCAAUGACUGCUGAGGAGCAAGAGCAGCGUCUUCUGUAUACAAAUGUUUUGGAAUAUGAGCAAGACCAUGAUUGGCCCAGACUGUGGAAAGCCAACAUGAAGAAGAAUCCUGAUGUAACAGUUGUGUCAGAUUUGGUCUCUUAUCUGCUAAGCCGGUCAGACCACCCAGUCGUGAAGCUGCUGAGGAAACACCAGUUCAGAAUUUACAACAAGCUUUACCCCAUCGUAAAUAAAAGCCUCGUUCAGAGUCCCGCCUUGCCCCUGAGACCGUCUCGCAGUGUUCACAAUCUGCUUCAUCCAGAGAGCCACAGGAAGCCGAUCAGGACGGCGGGUAGUAGUUUUGGUGGCCAGAGCUUCAGCACCGACUCCUCGUUUUCUCCCUCACGGUCUCACGACUUUAACAUCAAUUAUGAUGAUGAUGAGGAUGCAGACGAAGAGGAGCAUCAAACAGACGCAAUAGUGGACCGUGAAAACUCCUUCGAAGAUCUGGAAGAGUUCCUCACCCACUUGGACUGCGCUCCGCCCCUCAGCAGCACAGAUGACGCUAUCUUGGAUUCUGAUCUGGCCUGUGAUCAGGUGAUGCAGUCUGAACAAGACAUUCAAGAGCUGGAAAUAAGAGCACUUAAAGAACACCUGAAGUCUAUUGUCAAAGACAUCCAUAUAGCAAUUGAUCAGCUUCUCUCACUGUGCCUGCUCUCCUUCGAGUGUCUGAAUACAGCCACCUUCAAGGAUUUGUGUCUCGCCAGUAUUGAAGAAACUUUCUUCACCCCCUUGUGGACUGCUUUGGUGGCUCUUUUCAGGGGGGUCCACAGAGAGCGAGAGCAGGCCUUGGAGAAAGGUUUGAGGUUGUACUGCAAUGCCUCUCCAGAAGAUGUCGGUGUUCCCUUGAAACUGUUUCCACAAGAUCCUGGCGUGCUGCAAGGUUCCUACCCCUAUGAGUCUGCAGUUCAGGAGCUUAAACUUCUUGUCCAAGACUGCUGUCCACAGAGGAAGCUGGAAUGUAUAGUUAGGACAUUGCGCCUCAUCUGUGCUUGUGCUGAGAAUUACAAGUGUCUGCAAGAAGGAGACUCUACACCCAAAACGGCAGCUAUUGGUGCAGAUGAUCUGUUGCCCAUCCUGUCCUUUGUGGCUAUAAAGUGCCAGUGUCCCCAGCUAGUGUCCGAAUGUGCUGCUUUGGAGGAGUUCAUUCAUGAGGGUUAUUUGAUAGGUGAAGAGGGCUAUUGUUUGACCUCGCUGCGGAGUGCCUUGGCUUACGUUGAGUCCUUGUACAUAGGAGGAGGUCACCUUCUUCUGGACAAGAACAUCUGAAAAAGGCUGCUGCUGCUCCCUGACAGAUCCUCGUUGGUUCUCUGCUGCACUACAGAGACCACAGCUGACCCCGCAGUUUCCUGCAAGUUCAUACGUUUUCUGCGCACAAAAACACACACUUUAUGUCUUAACUGAAGUAUUUCCUUCGCUCCGUUUCUGAGACUUAACCACUGCCUGUAAGUCAUUUCUAACAAAGUUAGAUAUGGCAAGGAAACAACCUCGAUUUUGAAUUUUUAUUGUGUAUUGGAUUGUGGUGAGACUGGGGUUGUUUAGCAGCUUUCAUACUCUAUACUGCUACAGCAGUCAGAUGUGGCAGGCCCAUACGUUUCCAUAAUCAGAGAUGCCUCAUUCAUUGUUUUAUUCAGGCUGAAAUGUGCUAUCUGUUCAAAGGAUUUGACUUUUUUCUUUUUUUUUUUUCUUCUUCCUUUUUAACAAUUAGUGGCACUUUUCUUAUCGACCAAGUGUAGCACCACUCAGUCCUCCCGGACCGGUUGUCCAUACAUUCUUAAUUCUCCAAUUUGUAAAACAUCAUCACUUGUCCCUCUUCUUUAAUGGCUAAUUGAACACUUCUUUCAGCAUAACUUUUUGGAGCAGCUAUUGCAACAUGUUUUACAAACUAGGAGUGAAAGGCUAUGAAUUGGGCCCUCUGGGAAGGUGGUGUCUUUUAUGAUUAAUGUUUAGGCAUCAUUGAGAAAGUAUUUACAGUGGUUCAGAUAAAAAGAAAAAAGAAACAAAAAAAACUCCCUGCAGUUCCUGGUAAUUUAUAAUUCAGGGUGGCAUUUUAAAGUAUGGGAUGUGGCCGGUAAGAGGCAAAAUCUUAAGAGCUUACCGGUCAAGCUACUCACACACUUUUUUUUUUCCUUGUUAAGUUGGCAAGCAAACACAGAUGUGGUACUUGUGUCUGUAAGACUAGCCCUUAUUUAAAUUAGAUCUUGGAUUGUUAAAAUUCAUCAGUGAGGAGAAAAAAAAAAAAAAAAUCCCACUUUGAAAUGCAAGCAUCUGGACAUAAAUCAGUUUGAUCUUUACGGUGAGAAAUUGAAAAAUAUGCACUCACAUGAAGCACUGUGUCCUGGAUUAAAGUUGCCGACCAGGGCAGUUAUUGAAAAUCACCCCUCCCUUAGUUAAAGGAAACCCUUUCUGAAUGGGACCUUGUAGAGAAGAAAUAUGUGAUUUUAAAAAUAUCUUACUAAUAUUGGAAUGUAUCUUUUAAAGAGGCCCGUCGUUUUUCUUCCUGUUUUACAGAAACGAGUAGCAUCUCAAGGGGCUGUGAUAAAAAGCACUACUGAAGUUGUUUAGAAAAUCAGGCUGUGUGCUCACACUUCUAGUUGUGUAUCGGAGAGUGGAGUUCAGUGUUUUAGGAAGUCCUGUGAAAUACAAAGAAUGCCUGAUUAAAGUGUGUGUGUGUGUGUGUGGGUGUGGGUGUGGGUGGGUGUGGGUGGGUGUGUGUGUGUGUGUGUGUGUGUACGUACGAACAGUGGCGACAUUCAUGUACAGAAGAUGAAAAGUACAAAUUUAUGCACUUUAGAUGUUCAGGCAGUCGGUGAAGCUGCACUGCAAUGAUGGCGAGUUCAGACAGGAAGGCUAGUUGUUGCGAUGCAACAAGGACUCUGACAAACUGGACGUAUGACUUCUGAGCACUGCCAAGUGUCUGCAGCUUCCCAAUGCCACUGCGUUUUAUAAGGCCAUGAUAGAUAUAAGUGGUUCUGACUGGAGAAAUGCUGUCACACCGUGUUUGUCUACUCCACUUUUUCAGCCUGUCCGUCUGCUUAUAAAAUAGAUUGUAAGCCAAAGGGACUGCAGGUGCCUGUGACUCUUAUUUAGAUUUUUUUUUUAAUUAUGCAACACCUAAUUUAUUUGUUCUCAUCUAUAUGCACAAAUUUCUUUUUUUUUUUCAUUAAUGUUUUAGUUGAGAUUAUUCAUUCCCGCUGACAUCUGCUGUCAGCUGUUCUGCAAAAUGUGAACUUUCAUGUUUGAAAAAAAAUAUUCCUGUUUAAAUAAUAGCAUCUGGCCUUUUUUUUCUUAUGCCUUUUUGUGGCAAUUAAUAUGCUUUUAUGAUACACACAGACACUGAAGUAGAUGUUUUUUUUAAAUCACUGUAUUAUUAAUAUUUUUAUUUGACCAAUCUCGCCACAAUCAAAUCUCACCCUCUGAAAUGUUAUAGAAACAUGUUUUAGUCAGUUUGUGUCAGAGUUGUUAGCUGCCGAAAUGCAGCUGAAACUUGAAAACUUAGCAGUUUGCAUUUGCUGCAGCUUGCACAAAGGUAACACAGAAUGAAUAGCUUAGUAUCCAACAGAUUUCAAGGUUUUGAACACAUCUAUAAAGUGAUUCAAUACGUUGACACCAAUAAAGGAGUCCAGUAUGUUUAACCUCAGUCUCAGAAAACAUCUGGGUUAAUAACCUGAGCAAAAAUGUGCAAAAGAAAGUCAUUGGUGUGUGCUGCGUAUAUAAACCCGAAAAAGACCUGCCUCCACUGGUAAUGCUGGUUUAAUGAAUUAUCAUUUUUAUGGUUUGUUUCCUUGCUUGAAUUUAUUUUUGUGCAUGUAUAUUUUAGAUAUUUAAUGUAUCCAAAAGAUGUGGAAAAAUAUAUCUCUUAAGAGCUUUUUGGAAUUGUGGCCGCUACCUGCAUAUUGUGAAUGAACUUCAAAAACAGAUGAAUAUCUUUGUAAUUCAUAUCAAGAGAAAUGGAGGGAUACUGUGAUGAUAUGCAAAGUAAUUUAAGCCAUUUUGUUCAUGAACAUGAUGUAUCAUAUGUUUUGCAUUGCUUUUGAAAACUGUUAUUUUACUAUUGAACUUUACAGUGAAUGUUUAAAAAUUAUAUGUGUAUGAAAUGAGAGAUAAUAAAGAGAAAAAGGUAUUUAAAUCACUAAAAAUGUCCCUCUGUGACUGAUGCCCACCUGACUUGUCAGAGGUCACUUUAACUUUUGUCAGAGUUGUUAUUGCCAGUUAAAAAAAAGAUUUUUAAUAUAUAUUAUACUUUGUAUGUUGUAGGUAAAUGAGAAUUAUUUCAAAACUAACAUUUAAAAGAUGUUUAAUCUAAUCGGUACUUGGUGUGAGCACCCUUUACCUUUUAAAACGACAUUAUUUCUUCUAGGUGUACCUGCACAGUUUUAGUCGUGUCUUUGAUUAUCGGCCAAGGAUACAGAGCAGCAGGCGAAAGAUGUUAUGCUUGCAUGCCUUUGAAAUCCAAAGAUGUCCAUUAGUGCCAGCUUGCAGAAACCAGAGCAACCCAGGUACACUAGUCUGAAAAAGACUAAAAAGUGGUCUUUAAGGAAGAAAAGGCAUGUGAUUUAACUGUGCUUUCUUCAUUCAAAAAAAUGUCUUUAAAGUUGUGGUACGGCCCACACAGAGCCAUGCUUUCAUUGUCGUCACAGCUGUCUGGGUUGACGUUGCAUGAAGAGGAGAAGAUCCGAAGCCACUUACAUCCACAGAAGUGGUUCUCUGAGAUGUUUGGUACGACUUGCCUGCAGCUGAUGCCUAAAUUAAUCUUUUGCAAACAGGUUAAUUACUACUACUUGUUAAUAAAUGCAAUUUACUGUGUAUACUGUGAAAAUAUAAACCUUGACUUUUGAAAUAAAGACAAUCAAAUUGUCGACUGGAAAAAUGUAAAAUUUGGAAACAGUCAUUCAUUUCUAACAAGAACUGACUUGUCAUGGUUUUAUUUUUAGUUAAAUUAUUUUGCUGAAUGUGACUCAAUAACAGCAGAAGCCUGUGAAUUUGGAGAGACCCAACAUGAACAUCCAGAGAGUCGUCUUCAGCAGCCUGUGUCCCCCUCAUUUUCUCACUUCACUGACUGAAUAUUCUUUUACUGCCUUGGUGUGACUGUUCCUGUUCAGUUACAGGGUUGACUUGUCCUUCAGGCCAGUGGGGUCGGCAUGUUCAAACUACUGGUGUACAAAGC